CUGCUAGGCCUAGCACUUCCCAGGAAGUGGUAGGCUGAGCAGAACUACGCAUGCGCCACACGCACCAUGGGCGUAGGACUUCGUCAGGUCGCUACUCCCUGCGGGGCGGAGGCCUGAUGCUGCCGGGAGGGGAGCGGGGCAGCUGCCAGUGGACAUGGCGGCGUGCAGCAGCGGGGCUGUGCUCGCUGCCCUGGGAGUGCUUAGUAUUUGUGCGGUCAGCAGCUCUGGGCCCAUGGCUCAGGGGGAGACCGGCGGAGAGGCGGGCUGGGCAGAGCCGUGGGAUGGUGCAGUUUUCCGGCCGCCCUCGGCGCUGGGCGCGGUGGGGGUGGCGCGCAGUCCCGGGCCCUCGCAGCCGGAGGGGGAGGAGGCCGUGGACUUGCCGGUGCUGCUGUGGUGGAGCCCAGGGCUAUUUCCCCACUUCCCGGGCGACUCAGAGCGCAUCGAGUGCGCGCGCGGCGCGUGCGUGGCGUCCCGGGACCGACGGGUGCGAGGGCACUCGCGGACGCGCGCGCUGCUCUUCUACGGCACUGACUUUCGAGCCUCCGAGGCGCCGCUGCCGCGCCUGGCGCAUCAGAAUUGGGCGCUCCUGCACGAGGAGUCGCCCCUCAACAACUUCCUGCUGAGCCACGGGCCGGGCAUCCGCCUCUUCAAUCUUACUGCCACGUUCAGCCGCCAUUCGGACUACCCGUUGCCGCUUCAGUGGCUGCCCGGGACCGCUUAUCUGCGCCGCGCGGCGCCUCCGCUACAGGAGCGCGCUGAGUGGCGCCGACGCGGCUACGCGCCGCUGCUCUAUCUGCAGUCCCACUGCGACGUGCCUGCGGACCGGGACCGCUACGUGCGCGAGCUGAUGCGUUACAUCCCGGUGGACUCCUACGGGAAAUGCCUACAAAAUCGGGAGCUGCCCACUCCGCGGUUACAGGACACAGCCACAGCCACCACCGAGGAUCCAGAGCUCUUGGCCUUCUUGUCUCGCUAUAAGUUCCACUUGGCCCUUGAAAAUGCCAUCUGUGACGACUACAUGACAGAGAAGCUGUGGCGCCCCAUGCAUCUUGGUGCUGUGCCUGUGUAUCGCGGCUCUCCCUCUGUGAGGGACUGGAUGCCCAACAAUCACUCCAUCAUCCUCAUUGAUGACUUUGAGUCACCUCAAAAGCUGGCAGAAUUUAUUGAUUUUCUGGACAAGAACGAUGAGGAAUAUAUGAAAUAUCUGGCAUACAAACAACCUGGGGGCAUCACCAACCAGUUCCUUCUGGAUAGUCUAAAGUAUCGGGAGUGGGGAGUGAAUGAUCCUUUGCUGCCUAACUACCUCAAUGGCUUUGAGUGUUUUGUCUGUGACCAUGAACUGGCUCGGCUGGAGGCCGAGAAAGCACACGCAGCCUCUCCUGGGGACAUCCCUGUCCCUGAGCCUCACAUUGCCCAGCCCUCACACAUGGACUGCCCAGUGCCCACACCUGGAUUUGGCAGUGUGGAAGAGAUUCCUGAGAAUGACAGCUGGAAGGAGAUGUGGCUGCAAGAUUAUUGGCAAGGUCUGGACCAGGGGGAAGCUCUCACUGCCAUGAUCCACAACAAUGAGACAAAGCAGAGGAAAUUUUGGGACUACCUACAUGAGAUCUUCAUGAAAAGGAACCAAAAUCUCUAAUUAUCCUUGCAAGAGCCUUAAAAUUGGUAGAGUUAAGGAGAUGGAAGUCCUUAUUCUACCAUGGGACAUGAGGGGCAUCUGCUGCAUAUCCCUUAAUGAACACUGUCUUAUUAUGAGUUCAAGGAAUUCCAGUUAUAUCCACUGAUAUUUUAUCCUAAUGAUGUGUAUCCAGUGUCUCAGUUUGUGGUAUUAGGGCCUCUCCUCAAUGAGAGAUGGAGGCCUCUAGUUCUUGGAUUAAUGGAAAACAGAAGCCUGAAACACCCACUUGUUUUAAAGUGCUGAUUCAACAGAAUCUUUAAAGAAUUGCAUCUUUCUCUAGCCAUUUCAUCCUCUUAACUGUGAUUGGAACAACACCUUGGUACUUGGCUUAAGAAUGAGGUAAAAUGGACCACGUUUAGUAGGGUCUUAAAAUUUCUGUGCUCUUCUUUAAGCUCUUUAUUAUUCAGUACCUUUCCUUUAUUUAUUUUUUUUACAUUAAAAAAAAAUUUACUUUGAGAGACAAAGCACAAGUCAGGGAGGGGCAGAGAGAGAGAGAAUCCUAAGCAGGCUCUGCAUCGUCAGUGCAGAGCCCAAUGUAGGGCUCUAAGCCAUGAACUGCAAGAUCACCACCAGAGCCGAAGUCAGACACUCAACUGACUGAGCCACCCAGGCGCACCUAUUCAAUACCUUUCCUAAUCUCUUUUCAUCUCCUGCUUUAUAAAUGGUUACAUUGGUGGUGAAGCAAAACUCCUGGUGGGUUGUGUUAUAGUUCUUUGGAAUUGUAUUUUUUACAUCAUUUACUUGCUCUUGAUGUCAAACUUUUUAACUUUUUUUUUUUCAGGCGCCUGGGUGGUUCAGGUCAUGAUCUUGUAGUUCAUGAGUUUGAGCCCCAUGUCGGGCUUUGUGCUGACAGCUUGGAGCCUGAAGCCUGUAUCAGUUUCUGUGUCUUCCUUUCUCUCUGCCCCUCCCUACUAACGCUCUGUCUCUCUGUUUCUCAAAAGUAAACAUUAAAAAAAUUGUUUUAAUGUUUUUUUCUUUCCUGGUUUUCCGUAAUCUGACGAAGAUGCCACCAUCCCCACAUUCAUUCUCCUCUACAUUAAACUGGCUGUAGAUUUUUGACAGCUUUGCUUACUGCUGGUUUGCUUCUUUUUUAGGGAAUAGCUGUAAUUCUUUCUCAUCUCAUGAACAGAAAGAUCCGGUAGUUAAUAUAUAUCAAGUCAAUUUAAUGAAUUGUCCUGCUCUAUUUUAGGUUAGAGAUAGAGACUAUGGCUGGAAAUGAUGGCAGAAAAACAAAUUUAAUAUUUAAAUGAUUUUUUUAAUGUUUCUAUUUAUUUUUGAGACAGAGCAUGAGCAGGGGAGGGGCAGAGAGAGAGGGAGACACAGAAUCCGAACCAGGCUCUAGGCU